CGGCGGCGGCGGCGCUUUUCCGAGCUCGGCUUGAAGCCUCUGGGGGCUUUCCCAAGGCGGCGAUGGCGGGGCAGUGAAGGGCGAGGGGAGCCGGCGGGGAAGAUGCCUCCGGGCCCCGCCUGAGACAUGGAGGAGGAAGGCAAGAGGGGCAAAAAGCCUGGGAUCGUCUCCCCGUUCAAGCGGGUCUUCCUGAAAGGGGAGAAGGGGCGCGACAAGAAAGCCCAGGAGAAAGUCACCGAACGGCGGGCGCUGCACACGGUCCCGUUGGCUUUGCCGGAUCGCUUCGAGCCGGACGUCCUCUUGAAUGACUACAUCGAGAAGGAAGUGAAGUAUUUGGGCCAAAUAACGUCGGUUCCAGGAUACCUGAAUCCCUCCAGCCGCACCGAAAUUCUUCAUUUAAUCGACACUGCAAAGAGGGCUCACCAGCUUCCCGGCCAGCUGACUCACGAGCACGACGCCGUGGUCAGCGUCUCGGCUUACAACGUCAAGCUCCUCUGGCGCGACGGCGAGGACCUCAUCCUCCGGGUGCCCAUCCACGACAUCGCGUCAGUGUCGUAUAUCCGAGACGAUUCGUCCCAUCUGGUGGUCUUGAAAACAGCUCAGGACCCCGGCAUCUCCCCCAGCCAGAGCCUUUGUGCCGAAAGCACCAAAGCUCUCGCCUCGGGCUCUCUCUCGGAGAGUGGCGUGGUGCCCGUCGAAGCCUGUUGCCUGGUGAUCCUCGCCACAGAGAAUAAGGUCACGGGUGAGGAACUCUGCUCCCUCCUCAGCCAAGUCUUCCACAUCGUUUACACGGAAUCUACGAUAGACUUCCUGGACAGAGCCAUCUUCGAUGGGGCCACCACGCCCACCCGGCAUCUCUCCAUACACAGCGAUGACUCAUCGACCAAAGUGGACAUCAAGGACCCCUAUGAAACGGAAGCCAGCACAUUCUCUUUCCCAGAAUCCUUGGAUACGGCUGGAAACUCCCCCACCUCUUUCUCGGCCCAGCCGUCACCCCCCGCCAAAACAGCCAGCGACAGCGAAUUGAGCACGACGGCCACGGAACUCCUGCAGGACUACAUGAUGACGUUACGGACGAAGCUUUCCUCGCAUGAGAUCCAGCAGUUCGCCAUGCUUCUGCACGAGUACCGCAACGGGGCCUCCGUCCACGAGUUUUGCGUCAACCUGAGACAUCUCUACGGGGACAGCCGGAAAUUCCUCCUGCUGGGUCUCCGCCCCUUCAUCCCCGAGAAGGACAGCCAAUACUUUGAGAACUUCCUGGAGACUAUUGGCGUGAAGGACGGACGGGGGAUCAUCACGGAUAGCUUCGGGAGAUACCGGUGGACAGUGAGAUCCGUCUCCAACUCCACCACCAACGGCAAUGGCGCCACCGGAAGCUCCGAUGACCAGUCGGCGCCGUCGGAGGGCGACGAGUGGGACCGGAUGAUCUCCGACAUCAGCAACGACAUCGAAGCGUUGGGGUGCAGCUUGGAUCAAGAUUCGUCGUGAUCUGGGCAAGGACCCCGAGAGACAUUGGAGCUUUCUGUUUCCCCCCACUCCAUCCCUUUUCUUUCUCCUCUGCCUCGUUUCCCAAAGUUCCCCCGAGACUCUCAAUCCCCGGCCAUUUCUCCAAGCACGGGUGCUCAUCGCUGCGUGUCUGUGUGAGUGAGUGGAUUGUGGACAAGCCACAAACCCCAGGAAGGUCCUCAGAAGCUUUCCCCUGGGGGGAGGGGGGGAUGGUGGUGGUCUAUCUCCUAUCCAUGGUUUUCUGCACCUUUCUACUGCUUGCGUGCUUGUCUGAAUGCGUGUUCCUGGACAUUUCUUGCUGUUGAAAUUCCCAGUGGUUGUCCUUACAUUUAAAAAGCAGGAGGAGAAGCUGUUGAGGCGCUCCACAGCUCCAUUUGACGAUGGGAGAUGAGCUGCUCCUGUUGAACCCGCCAGCUGGUCUUCCUGGGAGUCGGUUGGGACAUCCGUAAGUCUGGUGGGAGGGCAGUGGAUUCAAACUCGGGGCUCCCUGCAGGCAAGCAGGGUUGACCUCAGGGAGGGUAGAGAACCCUUAACCAGCUCUCCUUCAAGACGAGCCGCAGCUCCUCAGCUCGUCCACGUGGGUCCAAACCUUCCCCGAUCAUGGCCAAAUCCGGUCCGUUCCAAGCAGCCGGGCCUCAGUGAGGAACCUGGCCUCCCUCGCACAAGCAGGAUAAUGUGGGUGUGGAUUUCAUGGUGGACUUCUAUAUGGGACAUUUCUAAUCCUGGUUUAUUUUUUAUUUUUUUUAAAGAGCAAGAAGGAGAGGGAACAUAUACAUAUGUACAUGUGUUGUAUAUAUUAUACAUACAAAUGCACAGAUAUUUUUCUAAGCGUGUUUCACGCCACCGAGAGCUCUCCUGGCUUCGAUAAACUGACAUGUAUGCUCUCUUAGCGCUCUGGGGAGACGGACAUCUGUGUCUUUUUCUUUUUUUUUUUUUAAAGCGCACCAAAGAUUGUCGGGCUGUUGUGUUUUCUGUUAAACAAACACCGGUUUUGAAUAAUAAUAAAAAAAAAGCUGGCCCAUGGAAGACCAACCACGACGAGGGACUUGAGAACUUCUUAGCUUUACAUGUCGAGAAACUGACCAGGACACGGGCCGGUUUUGUCUGUGUGAUAUUGAAGAAGUUGGAUGUUUUAAAGGAAAGAUUGGACAGCCAGUAGUUUGAAAUGGUAGAGGGUCUUCCGCUUGGGCAGGGGGUUGGACUAGAAGACCUCCAAGGUCCCUUCCAGCUCUUGUUAUUCUGUGGAACAGGUUCCUCCUCACUGGUGGGGUCCAUGGUGCUCUCUGAGCUUGGUGGUUUUCCUGAAGGCGUUUCGUGACACAACUAGGUGACCUCAUUGGUUCUGAUCCAGCUUUAGCAGAAGCAAGAAACAGACUCCUCCUCAGGAAAAAAAACACACCCCUUUUUAUUAUUUUCUUCUUGUGAAUAAAUUGCAUUCACCCACCGAAAAGUCCAGCAAGGAGUUAACUGCAGUACAGACCUUAUCGAUUCCUUGUGAUGAUUGCAAGGACGGGAGAGGCUGCAAAUUUAAGUUCUGGCAAGCCGUCUUUGAUGCACGAAACCCAAUGAGCAAAAAUCUUCAGAAAUACGAACUGUUGUCCCCUACGACCACCACUCCUCUUUCCUUCUAUUUAUUCCACAGCCAGGGAGGGCCCAUUCAGCGUCCACGUGUGUUUUGCUUCCCGAGUUGACUCCUUGUCCUCCGUUGUUCUCCUCUCCUAACUGCUCUGCACAUACGCGCCUCUGGAACAGGCCCCAGCUGUUCUUCCCACUCCCCGCAGCAGCCUCUCCGGGGGCUGGGAAACGUCAGACAGCCCUGUCUCUCUUUGCGUCUGACACAGAGCCUUCCCCGGAUGCCGGAAAUGGCCCAAGUUGCUCUCCAACUUCCCUCCUCUGAGUCUGCCGUCAGCUCUGUUGGCGGCUGGCGGGCUACAACAAUCUACACCGCCCCUUUCCUUCCUACCCUGAUGCUGUUCCUUAGUUUUGUCACGAAACGUCUACAAGUAAACCUACAAUCUCAGAGAGCACCCAGGAUCACCCACGGUACCUCCACCACCUCCCUUCUAACAAUGAUGCUGUUCCCUAGUUGGGUGGUGAAACGUCUUGCAAGGUACAGAUUCUCUCCCGGUUUCCACCUCAGUUUCUCUUCUUCCUUGUUUUGUGCUCCACACAGCCGGUCGCUCCGGCCACGUUUAAAAACACAACACACUCAGAACUUGUGUCCCGAUUUAAACAAUGGGUUAAAAUGGUUUGCCUUGAGGCUGAGAUCUCGAUGUAAGCUGCAAAAUAUUUGCUUUUUUUUUUCUUCUUUUUGGCAAGGCGUGGAUUUCAACCACCCCGGUGUCUGAAUCCGUGAGAAAAAUUAAAAAUCUGAAUUUAU